AUGGCGGCUGACGAUAGUCAAAACGAAGAUUCGAUGAACUUGGAGAACCGGCAGAAUCAAUUUCAGUUAUUUAUGGAAGAGAUGGACGCAUUAAGAAAACGACCAUGGGAGUCAUUUGGGACGGUCUCUGGCUUGGUGGUACUAUCGUUGUUUGUGAUGAUAAUGAGACAAGAAGCUUCUAAAUCCGUAGUAGACUUGAUUGCUGGAAACAGUAACAUUUCAAUUUGGCUACAAGUAUUUAUAGCUGUAAGUGAGGGUAUGAUUGUGUCUAUUGUGAUUUCAUUUCAAAGCAACAAAGAAAACCAAUCUUAUCGAGAACCUCUCGUCAUAUUUGCAAUUGCUCAUUCUAUAUAUGCUAUGGUACAGGGGUAUAUCAGCAUUAUCAGUGACACCGAACGAACGUCUGUAAUGGCUAUCGUGCUAUUUGAACCAGUGAUAUCUGCCUGUAUCGUGUUUUUCUCGACUAAAAGCAGCAUGUCUGUUACGUCAAAUGUAGCCAUAUCAGUGACGUGUUUGAGUGCCGCCAUGAUUGUUUUUCCAAUGCAUUUUCUUUUCGGAAUCAACAGAAGUGUGUGUCUGGCGAUUCUCUAUGGUAUUUGUGUGUCUGCUAGAAAUGUCUGCUGCCAUCAUGUCAAUAAAGAACAUUCGGCUGUAAUUGUCGUCAGAAAAAGGGUCAUUCCCGCCAUAUUUAUAUCAACGAUUUUCAGUAUUCCUGCGUGUUUAUGUUUUUAUUUUGGCGCCAAAUGGAUUCUUCCAGCAAUUUACUAUGUGUGCGCAGUCGCCGGUUCUGUUGGAACGGUUGUGAUUUUAACACGUAUUAUAAAUAAUUUCAGUGUGAUUUCGAUAAGUUUAUUUAAUUUGUGGGUAUAUAUUGGGUAUAUUUUACUAUAUUCAUUGGGCAUCCGACACGACAUGGUAUUCUUUUGUUUAUCCUUGGUUACUCUGCUGAUUUCACAAUUAAUCUAUUUUAUUGACAGAGGGGGUAAAAAUAGCGGAUCUACUUUGUGUUUCAAAUUAGUUUCAACAGAGGAACUACAGACCCGACUGCUGUUUCUGUUAUUUAUUUCUACAGUAGGAACCUUGAUUCUAUACGCUCUAACACCCAGCUUCAGUCAGCGGGAUUUAAAAACUUUAAAAUUCGUGGGAUUGGAUGGUGUUUUUAGACGAUUGUUACAGAUAAAGGACUGAUUAAACGAAAUAUUUGAAACACCAUAGGUAACAUUGGGCCUAAUCUUUUGCUCUGUCUGGCAUUGGGGAAUCUACGGCAACCUAAUUUACAAGGCUGGUGUCACUGGCCACUUUGGACUUCCGUAAUAAACCUAAAUUAAUGCUGACUUCCACUUGGCAAGAAGAUUCUGAACUGUGUUUGGUAUAAGGACAAUUAUGCGUUACAUCCAGUAACAGGUUCCCUUAAAUUUACUUUAGAUACUGGCUUUGGUCACUCUUGCAUUGCAGGAACUGACUUCCGUAGUACAAUCAUACAAACCAACGCGUGUAAUUGCUACAGACUGUGCCAUGGACAAUUUCCUGUGGUAUAACUGCCUUUAAAUACUGUGG